AUGGGCCAGGAGAAAUCUCUGCCCUCCAGAUGUACUUCCGCACAUGACUACCGACACCAUCAUCACCACCACCACCAUCAUCAUCACACGGCGUCCCUGGCUUCAUCGACGGGAUCGAAAUCCUCGGCCGCUCCUUCACGUUCCCCUUCGACGGCUUCAACGACCUCAUCGGCCUCUUCGGCGUCGGCCACUUCCUCGUACAAGAGCGUCGAACGGCAAACCAAAUACCUCAACGAGCAUCUCUACAUAAAGUCCUACUUGGACAUAGAAGAGGAAGACCGGAACGCUAAAUUGUUGUUCCAGAAAGUGCGACCCGGGAUACGAAAUUAUACGCCCAAAAUCCUCUCCGAGAACAACAAACAGGAUCUUGAUGUGUGGAUCUAG